AUAUGAUGAAGAAAAGGAUAAAAAUAUAAUAUAAUAUAUAUAUAUAUAUAUAUAUAUAUAUAUAUCUUUGCAUUGCCUAAUUGUCUCUCUAAUUUUUCUUCUUUUAAUUGUUUCUUUCUUUAUUUUACAACACACCCCUCCCUUUUUUCUUUUUUUUUUGAGCCUUUACUAACAUUUGAUAUAUAUAUAUAUAUUUGCUAAGUUCCAACUUAUAUUUUUCUGCUAUCACUUGUUCCCUUUAUUGUCAGUCUGUUUUAUCAUUCUCGGAUCAACUGAGGCUAUUCAAGGAAUACAAGGAAAGGAUAAAGUUAGCCAUGGGCGAAGAGAAAACCACCGAGUUUCUUUCAAAAGCCCUAUUCAUGGUUUACGCAGGAAGUAACGACAUUACUGUCACUUACUUUAUCACUCCAUUCAGGAAAGUGAUAUUUAACAUUGAUUCCUACACUGAUUUUAUGACAAGCUUAGCCUCACAAUUUUUCAAUGAGCUUUAUGAGCUAGGAGCGAGGAGAAUUGCGGUUAUUGGUGUGCCAUCAAUCGGGUGUGUACCGUCACAAAGAACGCUGAAAGGAGACAAAGCAAGAAACUGUGCAGAGGAUAUCAACCAUGCUGCAUCACUCUUCAACUCAAAGCUCUCAAACCAAGUGGAUUCUUUCAAGAAAAGUCUUCCAGGCCUUAAGGCCGUCUACUUUGAUGCCUACAAUCCAUUGCUCUCCAUGAUCCAAAACCCACAAAAAUAUGGUUUUGAAGAGGUAAACAAAGGUUGCUGUGGCGCAGGCGAUAUAGAAGUGGGCAUACUGUGUAAUCCUCUCAGCAAAACCUCCAACGACGAUUCUUCAAAAUUCAUUUUCUGGGACAGCUUCCAUCCCACAGAGGCAGCUUACAAGAUCCUUUCCUCUAAGAUCCUUACUCGGCACCUCGAUGAGCUUCUCUGAUUUCAGGAAUUUUUACAGCUACAAAUUUACAAAUUUUUAUUGAAUUGACAUGCAAAUAGGCGACACUGCCACCACUAAUAACAUAUCAUCCUUUUUAUUCUUCUUCCUUUCUCUUCCAAUGCUAUCUUUGAAAGAACUUUCCUCUCAAAUAAAUAACUUUAUGAAAU